GCGCAGUUUCCCCGAAGUAAGUUUGCCAGUUUUCUGUCUUAUACUGAGGUUCGCCGGGUCAUGGUGCCAGCCUGACUGAGAAGAGGACGCUCCCGGGAAACGAAUGAGGAACCACCUCCUCCUGCUGUUCAAGUACAGGGGCCUGGUGCGCAAAGGGAAGAAAAGCAAAAGACGAAAAUGGCUAAAUUUAAGAUCCGUCCAGCCACUGCCUCUGACUGCAGUGACAUCCUGCGACUGAUCAAGGAACUGGCUAAAUAUGAAUACAUGGAAGAUCAAGUCAUUUUAACUGAGAAAGAUCUCCAAGAGGAUGGCUUUGGAGAACACCCCUUCUACCACUGCCUGGUUGCAGAAGUGCCUAAAGAGCACUGGACCCCUGAAGGUAACCCCUGAUCCCUGUCGAGAAGCCAGAGAGAACUAAUGUUAUAUCAAACCCGUAGAGCCUACUGGGCAGAACCCGUGACUACGCGGGCAGAGGUUACUGAGGAGCUGGCUGGAAAUAACAACCAGCCAGUGUGCAAAUGACUGAGGAAAAAAAAUAUAUGUGUAGUGUACUUUCUAAUAGGGCGGGUUAUGAGAGAGCUGUUUGAGCAAGUAUCAAAGUUCUGUAGAAACCCGGAAAAGUUAGUUAUAAUGUCAUUUGUUGUAAUUCCGUUUCAUAAAAUGGUUUUUGUUUGACCCUAACCUAACUUUUUUUUUUUUUGUAAUUGUGUUAAAUCACAUUUUUUUCUUUAAUUUGUCCCAAUCUUCAGGUUACAGUCUCUAGCUUCGCCAUGUACAUGGCCCUUCUGUGUACAUGGAUGGGCGGGGAGGUAACUAAAAGACCCUUUACACAAUAAAGUAGAUGAUCAUGAUAAAUGAGGACAUAGCAUUGUUGGGUUCGCCAUGUACUAUUUUACCUAUGACCCAUGGAUUGGCAAGUUGCUGUAUCUUGAAGACUUCUUCGUGAUGAGUGAUUACAGAGGCUUUGGUAUAGGAUCAGAAAUUUUGAAGAAUCUAAGCCAGGUUGCCAUGAAGUGUCGCUGCAGCAGUAUGCACUUCUUGGUAGCAGAAUGGAAUGAACCAUCUAUCAACUUCUACAAAAGAAGAGGUGCUUCGGAUCUGUCCAGUGAAGAGGGAUGGAGGCUCUUCAAGAUUGACAAAGAGUACUUGCUAAAAAUGGCAGCAGAGGAGUGAGGCGUGCCGGUGUAGACAAUGACAACCUCCAUUGUGCUUUAGAAUAAUUCUCAGCUUCCCUUGCUUUCUAUCUUGUGUGUAGUGAAAUAAUAGAGCGAGCACCCAUUCCAAAGCUUUAUUACCAGUGACGUUGUUGCAUGUUUGAAAUUCGGUCUGUUUAAAGUGGCAGUCAUGUAUGUGGUUUGGAGGCAGAAUUCUUGAACAUCUUUUGAUGAAGAACAAGGUGGUAUGAUCUUACUAUAUAAGAAAAACAAAACUUCAUUCUUGUGAGUCAUUUAAAUGUGUACAAUGUACACACUGGUACUUAGAGUUUCUGUUUUGAUUCUUUUUUUUUUAAAUAAACUACUCUUUGAUUUAAAUAUUCA